UACAGCUGUCAGUUGUCGCGCAGCUUUCGUUGGAGUUUUAACUGUGUUAUAGCAUACGAGAAAAAUGCCCGGUACGGUAUCUAAAACUAUCGACACCGCAAAGGUGGAGGAAUUGAGGAAUAAAGUGUUGAAGGAUUACGAAGAACACCCAGACUUGUACUACCCUCAAGACAUAGAACGUUUCAAGGAAGAUGAUUGGUACUGUCAGAGAUUCCUGCUUCACUUGGAUAAUACUCCGGAACAAGCAGAAAAAAUGGCUAAAGAUGCCUUACAGUGGAGGAAAAAGUUUGGUGUCUGUGAUCUGCACGAGGAUAACUUACCUACAGAAUUCUUCGAAUUAGGAGGGACUAUUCCUUUUAACAAGGAUAAAGAAGGACAUAGCAUAAUUUUAGUAAAAGUGAAACUGCAUAGAAAACGAGAAGAGGAAGCGGAAGACGUUAGACGUUUCCUGGUUUACUGGGUCGAAAAGUUAGAUCGAAUGAACCAGGGGGAAGGAAUUACGGUUAUCUACGAUUGUAGAGAUUCGGGACUUUCAAAUCUGGAUAUGGACGUAAUCAAGUUCAUGAUCGAUCUCUUCAAAAAUUACUAUCCACAUACUUUAGGUUAUCUACUCGUAUUCGAUAUGCCAUGGUUAUUCAACGCCGCUUGGAAGAUCGUCAAGACCUGGCUUUCUAAGAGCGCGGUCGAGAGAAUAAAGUUCGUCUCGGGAAACGAGAUUUUCGAUUACGUAGACAAACCGAUGCUGCCGGUAGACAUGGGAGGUUCGACAAAUACGGAAUACGUCUACAAGCAAGGAAGUUGCGGAAGUUGCCUUCAACCAGUUAACGUCUUGAAGGAAAAAGUAGCGGCUUGAAACUAGUUUUGUUUAAUUAAACGAAUUUAACCAAGCCAGAAUAUUAUAUAAACUUUAUUAUUGAAUUUUAUUUGAUACAUAUGAUAUAAAUUCGUACUUUGUACGCAACAUUUUCUUAUAAAGAACUUGUAUAGUUUUCUUUAAUAAAAAUUUUAUUAAAGUUUUA